AUGACUAGGAGUGCCACCGUGGGUCAAAGCGAGGAGUGCCACCGUGGGUCAGGGCGGGGAGUGCCACCGUGGGUCAGGGCGGGGAGUGCCACCGUGGGUCAGGACGAGGAGUGCCACCGUGGGUCAGGACGAGGAGUGCCACCGUGGGUCAGGGUGAGGAGUGCCACCGUGGGUCAGGGUGAGGAGUGCCACCGUGGGUCAGGGGUGAAGAGUGCCACCGUGGGUCAGGGCGAGGAGUGCCACCGUGGGUCAGGGCGAGGAGUGCCACCGUGGGUCAGGGCGAGGAGUGCCACCGUGGGUCAGGGCGAGGAGUGCCACCGUGGGUCAGGGCGAGGAGUGCCACCGUGGGUCAGAGUGAGGAGUGCCACCGUGGGUCAGAGUGAGGAGUGCCACCGUGGGUCAGGACGAGGAGUGCCACCGUGGGUCAGGACGAGGAGUGCCACCGUGGGUCAGGGGGAGGAGUGCCACCGUGGGUCAGGGCGGGGAGUGCCACCGUGGGUCAGGGCGAGGAGUGCCACCGUGGGUCAGGGCGAGGAGUGCCACCGUGGGUCAGGGCGAGGAGUGCCACCGUGGGUCAGGGCGAGGAGUGCCACCGUGGGUCAGGGCGAGGAGUGCCACCGUGGGUCAGGGCGAGGAGUGCCACCGUGGGUCAGAGUGAGGAGUGCCACCGUGGGUCAGGACGAGGAGUGCCACCGUGGGUCAGGACGAGGAGUGCCACCGUGGGUCAGGGGGAGGAGUGCCACCGUGGGUCAGGGCGGGGAGUGCCACCGUGGGUCAGGACGAGGAGUGCCACCGUGGGUCAGGGCGGGGAGUGCCACCGUGGGUCAGGACGAGGAGUGCCACCGUGGGUCAGGACGAGGAGUGCCACCGUGGGUCAGGGCGGGGAGUGCCACCGUGGGUCAGAGCGAGGAGUGCCACCGUGGGUCAGGGCGGGGAGUGCCACCGUGGGUCAGAGUGAAGAGUGCCACCGUGGGUCAGGGCGGGGAGUGCCACCGUGGGUCAGGACGAGGAGUGCCACCGUGGGUCAGGGUGAAGAGUGCCACCGUGGGUCAGGGCGGGGAGUGCCACCGUGGGUCAGGGUGA